CUAAUCUUGUUAUUUGGAAUAUAAUCUCUCUCCUGUUCAACCGUGUUCAGAUAUGGGGUCUUGUCGAGUGAUUUGGUGUCCAAGAAUACUAAGCAAUAGGAAUAGCUGGGGGUCAUAACCGUAAGAAAGAGAUUAUAACAAGGGUCUAUACCAAUCAUUGGCAUAGAAACAUCUGCAACAACGAAGAUCCAGUGAAUGGGUUUGCGUAAACCCACGUUCAGGUAAACGUACUUUUUACCGUAUGUGGCGAUAGGCUUUCCGUUUGCCGCCUGUAGAUUUAAAACCGAUUCGUGAACUUGGUCGUUAAAAUUUACAGGAAGAACGCAAUUUAACUACACAAAUACAGAAUCCAAGGGGUAAACAGUUCACAAAUUCUGUCAAGCAAAGUUGGAGCGUUGGAACCAUCAUAUUGGAAAAAUGACAAAGAUCACGCAACAAAAUAAAGGCAAAAUAAAAACGCGAGCUGUCUGUUUUUUCAAAUACGAAUCGAUUGCUCUCUAGAAAUGAUCAAAUAAUUGAUGUCUAGCUGCCGUCAUAAAUAAAUUAAUACGCAACUGCCGCUUAAUUCUACUAACAGCGCGUGUUUGAAGAUGUGCAUUUGUCACUGAGCAGCUCUUCAGUUUUCCCUCUUGUAGUGGAUGGCAGAGAUUGACUUUUUAUCUGCUGAACUUGAAAAUGAUGAUGAGUGUAGAGACGAUGAAGCAGAAAGAUCUAACCUAUCGUCUCCGGAAAAAAAUAAUACCAAGUCUUCAGAUCAAUCGUCAAAGGAAUGGAUCUGUUCGGAGAAAAAAGAAGAGAUAACGACUCAAGAAACUGUCGAGAUUUGUCAGAAGACUGUCAAUCCGAAUAAUCGUGUUAAUGCAGAAAACUUCAAAAUUCAACGUGUCAUUGGCAAAGGAGGCUACGGAAAGGUUCGUGGAGCUUCUCUGCCUUAGUGUGCAGGUUUUUCUAGUUCAGAAGGUUGAUGGCAUUGAUCAAGGAAAACUCUAUGCCAUGAAGGUUUUAAAGAAGGCCAGACUAGUGUGCAAUGAAAAGGAUAAGGCACACACUGUUUCUGAAAGGAAUAUCCUUGAAAUGUUACAGCACCCUUUCCUGGUGAAACUUCAUUAUGCUUUUCAAAAUCACUCCAACUUGUACAUUGUGCUAGAAUAUUGCCACGGAGGAGAACUGUUUAACUACUUGGAACGUGAAGGAGCUUUGUUAGAAAAUGCUGCGUGUUUUUACGCUUCUGAAAUUGUUCUAGCUAUUGGGCAUCUGCAUUCGUUGGGUAUAAUAUACAGGGAUUUAAAGUCUGAAAAUGUGUUGUUGGACCGCCAGGGUCACGUAAAGCUUACUGACUUUGGGCUUUCAAAAGAGGGUGUGUGCACUACCAAUACAUUCUGCGGAACGAUUGAGUAUAUGUAAGUUCAAAUCUUUACUCAUGGUUCAGGGCCCCUGAAAUAAUUCGAUGUGAAGGUCAUGGAAAAGCAGUAGACUGGUGGAGUCUUGGAACUUUAAUCUACGAUAUGCUAUCUGGCGCGCCACCAUUUAGCCAGGAGGAAAGUCGUGAAGCUACCACACGCAAAAUACUCACAGCUCCUUUAAAAUUUCCACCAUCAUUCUCAUCAGAAGUUACCAGUCUCAUACGUGGCUUGUUGAAACGUGACCCGAAUGAAAGACUAGGAAGCAAAGAAGAUAUGGAGGAAAUUAAACGGCACAAAUUUUUCAAAAGACAUGAAAUAAAUUGGUCUGAUGUCUAUAACCGACGUUUGAAACCACCUUUCCGUCCUAAACUAACUGCUGAGAAUGAUGUGUCGAUGUUUGAUCCAUCGUUUACCCGUUUACAACCAGUUGUUAGUCCUGUCGAUGGUGGUGCAUCCAUUCCUCCGGAUAUGUUCCAAUGAUGGUAAUCUGACAUAAAUAAACAUGCAUAUACACAAAAAACAUCCACACAUCCAUCUACUCAUCUCUAUUUGUCCUACCAGGGCUUUUCGUAUGUGGCACCGAGUGUCUGUGAGGAUAGUUUACGAGAUAAUUGGACAGAUAACUUACCAAGUCGUCAUCGAAGACAUGGUUUACGUGGCGCUAUGUCUGCUGGACGUUUAAGACGUAUUGGUUUCGGUCAUUUGACUGCACCUAAUCGAAUUCCUGAAGAUAUUGUCGUACAUAAUAUUCCAUUACAGAUUCAACCGGAAUUAAAUGAUUUCCAUGAUUUUAGUGCAGACUAUCGACAAAAGCCUGUGAUGCAUCAAUCGUCUAAUCAUGUAUCAACUCAAGGGAUCGCAAACGAUAAACGUACUGCUCACUUACCUAAUCAUCAUUAUCAACAACAAUGCUAUUCAAACGAUACACAACAGCUGCACAAAAUUUCAGGAAAAUCAACUCAGAUAAUCACGUCCAAUGGUACUACAAAUAGUAAUAAUGCUGUAAAAAAAGAAAAAGAAGCGGAUGAGCAGGAAGACGAUGACGAUGACGAUGAUGAAAUAGCUGCAGAAGAAGAAGAUAAUGUUCCAGGAGCAAAACAAAUACAACCAACAAGUGCUCCAAAAUAUUUGCCACUUUGUAAAUAUGAAUCUAAAAGCAAUGAUAUAGUGACUAAUAUCAACACUAACAGUAUUUAUUCAACCACAAAACCAUCCAGUAAGAAUUCUACAAAAUAUGCACCCUUCAGUGGUUCACUUCAAUGUCAUCCAGAGUUGCAUGCAAAUACAAAAAUGAUCAAUUCACGUUUAAUGUAUAGUUGUCAAACUGGAUCAUUUCCACAUAAUAAAUCAGGACAUGCUACAACAUCACAUCUUCCCUCAAUACAAAAUGGACCACGUAUCACUUCACCUUUACAACGUCGUGGUGUAAAUUGUGCAACAACGUUACAUUCAGAUGUAUCUAAUACUAUUCCUAUUACUCCUACUACUGUAGCAACAAGUACAAAUACUUCAACAAAUGCUAAAUGUAGUAUUAUGUAAUAUUGUACAGUAUCUUGCUCAUUCAUAUAAUACUGUGAUUCUUAUGUAAAAUAUCAAAAUAGAUUCAUAUUCUUUAAAGCUCUCAUUUCAUCAAACUCACAUUAAUUCAUCAUCUAUUAACAAUGAACAUCUAUUUACUUUAAUGAAAGAUGAAUUCCACUCUCAAGCUCCGUUAUCUAAAAACAUAUCUAUAUCGUUUAUCUUCAUAAUUUCUUGAUUUCUUUUGUUUUUCUAAUCUGGAAAAUUAAUAUAUCAUAUAUUCUCAUAUUUGUAAUAGUUUAUAAUGAUGUUGGGAUCCAUGAGAUGAUAGUAACCGAUGGUUAGAGAUCUUGAAUGUAACAUGGUUCAAAAUCGUUUGUAAUGGCUCAGGCGCAUCCAAUCUUUGUGUUCUCCCAAAUUUUAAUCAUCUGAAUCCUUUAUAUCUCUUUCUUUUUUUUCUCUUUCCAAAUUUAUUUCACUGGAUCAUACUCCUUGAAUAACAUCAUUGAACCCUGAUUUUUCCGAUAACUGCUUAUACUCUUACUACCUCUACCACUAUGGGAUUUGAAUCGACAAUUGUAUCUCUAUGCUAAUGUUGUAAGGCAAUCUGAACUGAUGUACGAACGUACGAAGUUCUACGUUGUUACUGACUAACUGAUAAUGAUGUGUUUUGGAUGAGUUCUAGUACUGUUUACUUCUUUUCAAAACAUGAAGUAAAACAUACAUGUUAUAAGUUUAUACACAAAUGAUUUUUAUAUAUCUUCCUCCCUCCCUCCCCCUCUCUCUCUUUCUACACAUAUAUACGCACAUACAGCUUGUUUACACAUGUAUAUAAAUCACCAAUAUGUUAAAUAUUCAUCUAUCACUCUAAACAUUCCUAACAUUUUAUACCAACAUCAUCAUUCCUUCAUAUUGUUUAUAUUUCUGUAUUAGCACUAUUUUUUUCUUUGUUGUUCAUAUCUCAGUUGUCCAUUGGUUAACUACUUUAUAUCCUAUUGGUUGACUAAUUAUACCAUAUACUUUAUAUCAUCAUUGCUACUCCCUCUUUUUCUUCGGUUCAUAUAUAAAAAUAAUUUUGUGCACAUUUAUUCUGAUAUGAUUAUAGUAGCCAUAUAUAGAGUAUAUCAGUAAUAUUCUUGUUUUAAAUAUGUAUUCAAACUUCAGGACAAUUUUGUCUUCAGAACACUGUUCAUCUUGUUUUCAUCAAUUGUUUUCCUCUCUUCUUAAGUGGAAGGUGUGAGCUGGGUAAAUAUUAAGUGAGCAGUCUGCCCAAAUGUACGUUACAUAAUUUUGUUGUUUUUUUAUAUAGGAAUUGACUAGACAGUUAUAUUUAUCUUUGUUAUAUAUAUGGUCUCUCUUUGCAAUUGAUUUAUCUCUGGGUGGUAAUCAAUGUCAUGUAUAUCAGGUCUUUUUUAGUGCAGAUCGAAUCCUAUCAACCAAGUUGAAAUGUGGCCACUAGUCUAGGUGACUCGACAUUACAUGCAAUAUGUUGAGGUAGUCGACAGGAAACCCUGGACCUAGGUUUUAUGCUACUUGGCACUCGUCAACAAGGUGUAUCUAUAAUCUUGAUGGAACUGAUGCACCCUGGCGGAUGAGAUCCCGUUUCACCCAGAGACGUUACCACUGGGUUAUCUGGUCCGCGACUGAUCUGUAAGACUGAGAUGACGGUGAUCACCACCAAGUGAUCAGUCAAUUAUAAAUACACGGGAUCGAAUCCGUCAGGGGGCAUCAAUCCCCUCAAGAUUAUAGGUACACCUUGUUGAUGAGUGCCAAGUAGCACGAAACCUUGGUCCAGGGUUUCCUGUUUACUACCUCCAAUCACCAUCUUAUUCUCUACUAAAUUAUUCAUCAAAUAGUGUAUAUGUUGUAAGAUUUUCACAAUAUAUAAUAUAACUGAGUGUAAAACGUUCUUUCAAUUUAUAAUAAGGAUGAUAAUGUGUAAGUAACUGGUAGGUUUUGUUAUAUGGAUGCUUUAAACACUAACCAUAUUAUUUCAAAAACUCUGACUCUUAAACGGCGAACAGAAGAAAGAUGGAAGAUUAUAAGGAGACAGCUUUACUUCGAAGAUUGUUAUAUAUGUACAAGAAACAAAGAUAUUUAUAGUAGGUGAUCUUGAGGAAUAAGAUUCUUAAAUUGUUAGGAUAUUUAUUAACUGGAAAGGUAUGCUGAGUACUUUCCUGGAUUUCUCUCGGGGGUUUUCGAAGAAAGUUAAUUCCACAGAAUACGUUUGUCGAUUUUCUAGGCCUCAGGAAAAUUCCGUAAAUAAUUAUCGACGACUAACAAAAACCAUAAGUAUUAAGGCAAAAAACUAUUUUCUUUCGUUCGCAUAAGAGUCAUGAUCCCCAUUCAGUGCUUAAAAUGAAGUGGUUGGUCAAUGCUGGUCGUUUUAUCAUGAUAGCUGAUGGCCAGCGUGAGUCUAUAUAUAGUUAACUCCUUUAUUAUCCUGAAUCACCAUUGGUUUGAAAUCAGGCGUUUCCAUGUACUGUUAAUAAAGUUUCUAUCUAUCUGAUUUAAGCUCCGGAUCUCCGCUUUUACCUUUCAACUUCUCAAGACAAUUUUAUCGCUUGAGAUUUAAUGAGUAGGUAAACUAUAGAAGUGUAUAUGACCACCAAACUAUCACAGUGACCAUUAAAUUGGAAUACAGCGUUCUAUAUUCCCAGCUUUGAUCAAUUCGUGAUAGACAAUGACGAGUAUCCAGUCUCAUUCAUUCCCUAAUUGGUUGGACCCAAGCAGUCAAAACUAUUAAUCAGUACUUCGAGAAUUUACAUCGAGCUUAUACACUGAUGAACACAUACGAUUAUCGAUUUAUCUGUCUAAAAAGGAGGUUUGUGAAUAAAGCAUUAUUUACUUCAUUCCCAUGGAUACAAAUAAAAUACGAACCACGUAGGAAUCCUUAAUCUGUAAACAUGUCACCAUUGCUGCAACUAUUAUCUGAUACUGACUGCAUCAGUAAAACCAUACAUUGAUGGAAAAGUAAUGGUAUUCGUAAGGACUUGUAUUACACUACUGUUGAUAUUAAGGAUAAUUCAUCGGUGUUUGAAAUUUUAGACACUUGGUUUGAGUAUUAAUGCAAACCCUAACACUGGUAUUUGACAAUUAUAUUCAGCUUACGAGUGUCAACUGUGUCUUGGAUCUCAUUACUAACCACUGUUAAUAAGGUCGGAUAUUUCUAAUCAGUGUAAGUGAAGGACUGAGAUUCGCAUGACAAGUACAACAAAUUGAUAUUUAUUCAAAUUAAAUCCAAUAUUUAGAGUAUUCUAAAGGUUCAAAGGUCACAAAAUGUUCCAAAUACUUCACUUUAAAUAUAAAUACCAUAAGUGUAUUAACAACUUUUACUGUUUCAAAAUUGUCUAACACAAAGGAAUCUAAAUUGUUUCAGAGAACUGAACAUAGUCAGAUGAAUAGUUAAAGCAAAAUUUUACUUAGUUAUUUACUUACGACUGUUAUCCCUCGUCGAGAAGCAUAGGUCGCUCACCAGCAUUCCUCAUCAAACUCUGUUCUCGAAAAUCCUUCCCACUUGCUCCUAGUUGCUAUUCACUCUUCAUAUCUGCUUGCAAUUCCCGACACAGUGUGUUCGCUGGUCUUCUAAUCUUCCAUUUCCAUUCAGGAAUUCAAGUUAGUGCUUGUCUCGUGAUGCAGUUUGAUAAUUUUCUACAGUGUAUGUCUUAUCCACUUCCAACAUCUUUUCCUAAUUUCCUCUUCAGCUGGAAAUCGGUUUGUUUUCUCCCACAGUAGGCAGUUGCUGAUAAAUAUUUGGUACCUUGUCCAGACAAUUGUUUAUAAAUACUUGUACAUUGUUGAUGAUGGUUGUAGUAGUUCUCGAAGUUUCAGCUCCCUACAAUAUAGCUAACUGUGUUGACGUUCAUAUUGAAGAUUCAAACUUUGAUAUUGGCUUGAAGACAGUUGUUUUGAGUUCCAUAUGUUCUUCAGUCAUAGAAGUGCCUCCCUUGAUUUGCCGAUCCUCACCUGUACAUGUGCAUAAGAUCCUCCACAUUAAUCGAUGAUGCUACUCAGAUACAUGAAUGCUCUCAUCUGUUCCAGAGUUUCUCAAUCAAAUGUGAUUGAAUUGAUGUUUCUAUGUUGUAUUUGAGGAUGUUGUUUUUUCCCUUGUGUAUGUUGAGUUCUACAGCCACAGAGACUACUGUUACACUAUUUGUCAUUAUCUGUAUUUGCUGAUAUAUACAAGACAGAAGGGCCAUAAAUCAAAAGCAAACUAUCCAGGUCGAACAUAAUCUUUACAUGAUCUGAGUAUAAACAACUAAAUGAUCAAUCAAAGUGUCUCAUUACCGUCUAGGUUAUUUCUAAGCGAGCGAGAGACAAAGAGAGAAGACAGUACUUAUAAAAUACUAUACAAAAUGCAGGGUAUAUUGAAUAACCUAAAGAAUGCCAAAAAAGGUACAAUUAUUUCAACUUUUAAAUAACUUAAAGAAUGUUUCAUCAAUACACCAAAAAUAAGC